CUAUUCAAAAUAUGACGACCGCCGCUCCUCUAAAGAGGUUCACCAUCAUCUUGUGUUUGUGUAUCAUUGUCUCUCAAGCCACCUUGCUCUUCAGUUUUGGAUACGAGACUUGCAUGCAGCUUCUGUCCACGGCCACAACGAUGGAGCAUGAUCUGAACAUGACGGCGGAGCAGUUGCAACACUUUCUACAGGACACCAAGUAUACAUUUUUCCUGACGUGUCUCUUGUCGGGGUUUUCAGCCGACUACCUCGGCCGCCGCUCGACGCUCAUGAUUUCCGGUGCCUUGUCCAGCUUCGGGUUCCUCAUCAUGUCUCUGGCCGUUUCUUAUGGCGUUUUGAUGAUGGGACGGGUGAUUUCGCUCGCCGGAUUAGGACUUGGAUUCCCCGUCGCUCCUCUCUAUAUUGGGGAGAUUGCUCCCCCUAGCCGGAGGGGCCUUCUAAACACCAUUCCUGAGGUGUUCUGGAGCUUGGCGGUAUGGUUGACUGUUAUAACGCGUGCCGCAGUCCGAGAUCUACCAGCAAGCUCACAAUGGCGGGUAUUGCUAAGUGUCGGAGCUGUCCCAUCCCUGAUUUUGGGAGUGGGUAUGGUAUUCAUGCCAGAAUCGCCCUGCUGCUGGCUGAUCAGGCAUGCUCGGGUGGCAGAUGCAAAAACUGCACUCGGUCGAAUAUUAGAAACGUCCGAUGAGGUCGAAGAAAGACUUUCGACGCUGAGAGAAGCUGCUCGAAUCCCGCCAACGAUGGGCGACGUGAACUUCAAGGCAGUCCCCGAAGACAUCCAGUUCUUGGGAAUUUGGCACGAUUUCCGCCGCCCAGUUGUUCGCCCUGUUUAAGGAGAUCCUUGUCUCGGUCUUGACGCUGCAAUUUCUUCAGCAGGCCAUGGGGAUCGACCUCCUGACGGCCGAGUCCUUGUCGAGGCUCCGUCGCCAUGAUCCAUUCAUGCCGAUGGAGUAUCUGAUGGAGCAGCUUCCGUCUUUGUUUGGGAGGCUGCUACCAAUUCUCGUACAAAUGUUUCUUUCUGACGUUGUCGGUCGAAAGAAACUCGUUCGAUAUAGCUUGCGCUUCGGGACAGUGUCGAUGCUGGUCAUGAACGUUUCGUUCUUUGCGGUGAAAUACCAAUUCAUUAACCCAAGAGCCAUUGAAGAGAUGAACAAGUGGAGCAUAGCAGCAGUUUUGGGGUCGUUUUCCCUCGGCUUGGGGCCGGUGACUUGGGUACAUACAUCGGAAAUACUGCCGUUUAAGGUAAGAGCACAAUUAAUUGGGAUCAUUGUGACGAUGAACAGACUAAUAAGCUUCGGUCUAGAGUAUUUGAACCCAUUUCUUGAGAAAAAGGUGGUGGCGGUUAGGCCUUUCUUGUAUUUGGUUCUCAAUAUCCUAAUCAUGCUGGGGUCAUGGUGUUACGGUAGCUGCCUCAUCGAAACAAAACAGCAGUCGCUGGAAGAAAUGGACCAACGUAUU